UGGUUAUAUUUCAAGACCCUGGGGUUAAAAAGAUGGCGAGGGGGGCAAAACAAAAGAAGUUGUGAUGUGUGAACAACUAUUGUUUGGCCGGCUAUGUGCUAAUGAAAUUCAAUUUAAUGGAGUAAAAUGUAUUUUGUGAAAGCUAGAAAACAUUUCGAUGAACAGGAUUCACAUGAAACACAGGAUAAAGGUAAAAAAGACCGAUACCAAAGAUCGGAUUCUGCACGUUUGUUGUUGCAGGCGCUACCAACAACAGUGACUGUAACAACACUAUCACCACCGCAACAGCCGAAGAAUGGUGAAGAUACAAAAAUUUCAUCCCAGAUGCCGGAUUCCAAAAGAAGAUUUCAAGUAGAUUCUUCUGUAGAUGCAAACGAUUUUAAAUUCGAUGAGUUGCCAGACGCUGUUUGUUUUCGCCCUAAGAAGGAUUUAUCAAAUUUGACAACUUCCCCUUCUCUCAAUAGUCAGCCUUCGUCUUCUGGGCUAAGUAGUGGCAAUGGAUUAGAAGUUAAAAGGGUUGAUUCAGAAGAAACUGGUGAACAUGUACGCCCCGCAGAGUAUAUUGGUACGUUCUCUGUGUCUGGGAGUGACAAGGAAGCCAGAGAGAGACAGAUGGAAGCACAACUGGAACAAAUCAGGACUGCCCGUGACAGUAGAGCGGUCAAUUUGGUCAUCUCCAACAACGGAGUCAAAGUUAUACUGAAAGAAAAUAAUAAUGUCUUCAUGGACCAUUCCUUGAAGCGAAUAUGGUACGCCACGUGUGACCCAGAGUACUGCCAGUUCUCUUUCCUAGCCAGGGAACCCAAAACCAGUGCAGAGGUCCAGUACUGUCAUGCCUUCAUCACGGACACUGCCGAGCAGGCGGAAGAACUUAUUUCUAUCAUUGGUGAGGCUUUCAAGUCCACUUACCAACAAGGGAAGAGACAGCCUACAUUCCAUGAACUGAUAGAACAACAGGUUCAAGAGCAGCAAGCCAAGUUCAGGGAGAUAGAGAAAGAGGCCAAGAAUGCACUCCAAAAGAAGCUAAAAGAAAUAGCGACACCAACACCAUUUUCGGAGAGAGCCCAGUCUCGAAUGGAGAGGAGAAGGCAGUCAGAUGAGGUUGAGAUAGUGACGGCUGGUGACAAGAAAAACUGGGCUAAAGUUCAGGUAGAAGCCAGUGGUGUAGCUCAUGUCUCCUUCACUGACAGAAAUUAUAACAGUUCGGCAGCAGCCAACAGACGCAGUGAAAUCCCAACCCGACUGACAACACCCCAUUCAUCUCCAUUCAAGAGAAACUCAGUGCCACCACAGGGAAUGUCCAGUUUAGUGCCUUCAUCCCCUCCUCCACCACAUCCCCUGUCUGCAAUGGCAAUCAAGGAAUCUUUAGAGAAUAGAAAUUCUAACUCGAAGUUCAAAGGUUCACCUGUGACUGCCUUAAAAAAUGAAAUAGAUCGUCGUCUGCCCAUGUCUAACGGCACAGAGGUCAGUCCCACUCUAGAUCACAGAGACUUCCUUGCAGAACAGAAAAAACAGCAGCUCAAUGCGAUGGCCAACAGGCCACUGCCACAACCGCCUGCCCAUAGUGCCAGCCCCCAGAGAUCUCAGCGCCCAGCUCAGCAACAGUCACCUCACCGCCUUCAGCAGCGCAGCCUGGAUGACUACCACCUGCCUCGGUCUUCGGUCUCUCACAUACCUCUCUCUGCCUCUGCUUCCAAAGGUGUCACAUCCUCUGCCUCUGGCAACGUGAAGCUCAGGGAUUCCCCCAGGAGGAAGCAGCCCCGGCCACACAGUGAGAUUGCCACCUCGUCUAGUGGUGCUGCCGGAUCAGGCGCCCCUGGCGGGAGCAACUUUUAUGAACAGCAGAGGCAGUCCCUAUUGAACAACUUUGCCGCCAGUUUCAACCUCCCAUCUCACAUAGAGGGCAGCUAUGAUGGUAUGUACAUUUACGGUCCUAGUGACAGUAACGACCCUCGUAGGAAGGAGAAUGGUGCACAGCAGGACCAGUCUCGAGGAAGGGAUUUGAACAGAAGGGCUGAGUCAGCUGGGAAGGGGAAUGCUGACCCAAGGCCAAGGAAGGAGGAAGCCAAUGUCCGUCCCCCUCAUUCUAGUCAAGGUCAGAACAGACUUCCAGGAGGAGCAGUUUCAAGGGCGAAAAGUCCUCGGUCUGGCAGUCAUGCUGAGCCUGUUGUCCCUAGGUAUCAGAAUGACAGCCCAUUUCAAAAUGAUCAUCCAGAGAAAGGAUCUAAACAGACACCAGGGUUCGAGUCACUGAUGUGUUUAGACAGAAGUCACAUUCAUGAUGAAACACUGCGGAACAUGGCUUGGUAUCAAGCAGGACUACCCAGAGAGAUAGCUCUGGAGAUCCUACAGCAGGAAGAUGUUGGCUCCUUCAUUGUGCGUGACAGUUCCACACAUCCGGGUUGCUAUGCAUUGUCUGUAAGAGUCCCCAAGUUUGAGAAUGCCACUGGCAUCUCCCAUUAUUUAAUACUCCGCACACACAGAGGUGUUAAGUUAAAGGGUUUAGACAAAGAGUGGUCCACACUGACAGCACUUGUCACACAUCACACAGUCAUGAGAGAAAUGCUGCCAUGCACACUGAAGCUUCCCAAAGUGAAAGGUCAAGUGACCCAAGGGGUUAGGCCAGCAGACUGCGGCAACAGCGAUGAGAGGGCCAGCCUCGAGGGGGACAACUACCACCAGCUCGGGGAUGUGGCCGGACUGAUGGGCCAGCUGAAAAUGUGAUUUGUAUAAUUAGUAAUACUAGUGUUUUAUAUCUAUAUAUCUAUUCUUUACAUAUUUAUAUAUACAUAUAUCUACUUGUGAACUGAUAAAUGAAGGAUCAUUGUUGCUGUUACUAUAUGUAAAAAGAGCAAGUGUGUAUUUGUUAAAAGGAUUAGAACAGUUUUAGUGAAGUAGUCAGCAAGUUUUAAUCUUCACCCCUAGAAGAUAUCUACUAAAAAUAUCUCUAAUGUACAAUAAGCAUUUUAUAAACCUGCUUCUAUGAUGUUUAGUCUAGGAUGUGAUUUGAGUGUUUGUUAUAGACUGCGAGCUGUUUCUUAGAUUCACACUUUUCUAGCAUAUGUUCAUCUACUUUGUAGGCUCUCUGUGGUCUGAGAUAAACAGGACAACAAAUAGAAGUAUCAAAUUAUUUUAUGUCAUCGUCCACCAUAGAGCCUAUAUUCAAGAGAGAGCUGAAUAUAGAUGUGCAGUUAAAGUCAACUGAAACAAAGAUUUUAUUUGGACAAAAGAAAGGGAAUAAAUUUAAAAAUCCAGAUUAUUUUUAGCUGUGAUGAAGUAAAGCUUAGGUAUAAGUGUUUAUGUUUUGUUUUGUUUUUUUGUGCAUGGCCUUGUUAAUUUGACUGACUUUCAUCUCAAGCAAUACUAGUAACU